AUGGGUGCCGCGCAGGCGCACUUGGGCAGACAGCAGAGCUGGUCGACAGGUCUGUUGGUGCUCAGGGACCUAGGUAUUCAGGUGGACAGGUACGUGGCUUCAGAGGUGUGUGAGGAUUCUAUCACCGUGGGGAUUGUACGUCACCAUGGUUCCAUCAUGUAUGUUGGAGACGUACGCAAUGUCACGCGCAAACACAUCCAGGACUGGGGUCCGUUUGACCUGGUGAUUGGAGGAAGUCCCUGUAAUGAUCUGUCCAUCGUCAACCCCGCCAGGAAGGGACUCUUUGAGGGUACUGGGCGGCUGUUCUUUGAGUUUUACCGGCUGCUCCACGAGGCCCGUCCCAAACCAGACGACCACCGACCAUUCUUCUGGCUCUUUGAGAAUGUCGUUGCCAUGGGGAUCAGCGACAAGAGAGACAUCUCACGAUUCCUCGAGUGUAACCCAGUGAUGAUCGAUGCCAAAGAAGUGUCUGCUGCUCACCGCGCCAGAUACUUUUGGGGAAACCUGCCGGGCAUGGGGCGUCCUCUCACAGCCAUGGUGAAUGAUAGAUUGGAACUACAAGACUGUCUGGAGCACGGACGCACAGCCAAGUUUGGGAAGGUGCGUACAAUAACAACGCGUUCGAACUCAGUGAAGCAGGGGAAGGAUCAACACUUCCCUGUUUACAUGGACAACAAGGAGGACAUACUCUGGUGUACUGAGAUGGAGAGGGUUUUUGGGUUCCCGGUCCACUACACAGAUGUGUCCAACAUGAGUCGUCUCUCCAGACAGCGUCUGUUGGGGCGGUCCUGGAGCGUUCCAGUCAUACGACACCUCUUCGCCCCACUCAAAGAGUACUUCGCCUGCAACUAAUACACACACACACACACACACACACACACACACACACACACACACACACACACACACACACACACACACACACACACACACACACACACACACACACACACACACACAUACACAAACACACACAUACACACACACACCUUAACUGAAAGAGUUCUCAGCCUGGAGCCCCGCCCAUGACCCACAGGCCAAUGCCCAACCAGAAAGGUUCCAGCCCCGCCCGGUGUUAACCAAUCACAAGCCAGGAUAUGCCCCAACCCUGGUGCUAACCAAUCACAAACUAUACCUGUUAUCCAGCCACAAAACAAUACUCCGAUAACAUGGACUGUCUAUCUUCCAGUCUCUCUGUCACUCACACCUCAGAUUCCAUGGUGCUAGUUGACAAAGGUGCUUCAACACUCAGUGGUGCUUAAUCUCCUCUACAUCUCCCUCCUGUUAAUCAAAUCUAUGGUGCUACACACACACACACACACACACACACACACACACACACACAUGUCACUACCAGGUCUUUGUUCAGUAGUUUCAUUAGUUUGCAGUGUUUCUUUCUCUUCAGGUAGCAGCUUGUUUUCUACUGUCUCUAAGUGCAGCGUAGAAGAGGGGUUAGAGGUCAGGGGUUAGAGGUCAGUGUUCUACAGUUAAGCGUUGUGGAGGUAGUUCAGCAUGACGAGUAACUUGCCUGAGACCUGAGGACUCAGGUUAGCGCCCAGAGAGAGCCUAGUCUUUAUUUCAGUGGGCUAACAUGGUCUCGUGGCGCACAGACAAUCCAGGUUUACACAGCAGUCAGUCACACUAGUGGGUUACACAGUUUGCUGCACACACAUACAC